CUUAGCCACAUAAUUUGCCCUCCGCAAUCUUUUUCUUUUCUUUUGUAGUGGCCACUUCAUCGUACCAUUUCACCAAUGGUCCUAUCACCUUCAACAAAUUUUGCUAUAAAUACCUCCCUCAAGUCUCUCCGAUAAUUCCCACAUCACAAACCUUUUAAACCCUAAAACCUAUAGAAGCUUUAACACAGUCCCACAAUUGUUUGAUUUUGUUUAAAACAAUAAUGGCUUCAAUCAAGUCCCUUGCUCUUGUUGUUUGCCUUCUACUCUCUUUUUCUGUCUUUCUUUCUGAAGGUCGAGUGGCAAGAAAGGAUCUCGGUAUUGACCUUGGAGGACUCGGAGUUGGACUCGGAGCUGGAAUUGGCUUAGGCAUUGGUGGAAGUGGAAGUGGCUCUGGCUCUGGCUCUGGCUCAGGAUCAGGAUCUGGGUCGAGUUCAUCUUCAUCAUCAUACUCUUCGAGCUCAAGCUCGGGGUCUGGAGCUGGGUCUGAAGCUGGUUCUUAUGCUGGCUCAUACGCAGGGUCUCGAGCCGGCUCAGGUUCAGGUGGAAAUAGGAAUGGAGGGUCGGGGUAUGGUUCGGGAUAUGGUGGAGGUUCGGGCAGAGGAGGCAGCAAUGGUAAUGGUGAAGGAUAUGGUGAAGGUCAUGGCUACGGUGAAGGUCAUGGAUAUGGGGGAGGAAACUGAAGAGAAAAAAGAAAAUCAUAAGAGGAAGUAUAACAAAAGUAUUAGGGUUACGCAUAGUUGAUUUAGGUCAUGAUCCUAACUUUAUGUAUUUAAAUUUAAAUAAAAGAUAAGAGAAGAUGGAAGCUUUGUUUCGUAGUGUCUGUGUGUUUUAGCAGUCGUGAAAAUAUUGCUGUAAAUCAUGUGUGUGUGAUGAAUUUUCAUGGUAUUUCUGCUUUUAGGCAAUUUCCUGCGUAUGUUACUGUUUACUAUAUAUGAAUGCAGAGUUAGUAGAACUUAUAUUCUAAA